AUGUCCCCACCCACUCAAGAAAAGAUGAAUGACGCUCCACAGGUUGAUAUCAAAGCCGGCGAGAUCUCAGACCUUGAUGCAGCCGAAGUCUUCCUUCGCAACCACAACUUCUCCCAUGCCUACCUACACGAGUUGCUCCAGGACGAAGUAGCUUGCAAGAAGCUGGUCCGCAAGAUCAACUGGACUCUCAUGCCACUACUCUGCGGAACAUACUUGCUCCAAUAUAUCGACAAACAAGCAUUGAGCUACGCUGCCGUUUUUGACCUGUUCACCUCAACCAAGACCACAUCGGAAGAAUACAGCUGGUUGACAAGUAUAUUCUACUUCGGGUAUCUGGUUUCAGAAUGGCCAAGCAGUUAUCUCGCCCAGCACUUCCCUACAGGAAAGGUGUUGAGUGCUUUUGUCACUACUUGGGGUUGUGUUUUGAUGUUGACGGCGGCGUGUUCGAACUUUACUGGUCUGGCCAUCUGUCGCUUCAUCCUUGGUUGUCUCGAGGCUCCCAUCACUCCUUGCUUUAUGUUGAUUGUGGGCAUGUGGUUCACACAAAAAGAACAACCUGCUCGAGCUGGUAUCUUCUACUGCUUCAACGGAGUUGGCAGUAUGACCGGAGGCAUUCUUUUCUACGGCGUCGGCCAGCUCAAAGGCUUUCCAGUGUGGAGGGUCAUCUUCUUGCUCUGCGGGGGCUUGACCAUCGUCUGGGGCAUUGCUUUGUUCUUCCUGCUGCCUAGUAACAUCAUGACGGCCAGGUUCUUCUCGAGCGAAGAGAAAGCAUUGCUCAUCGCACGCAGUCAGACCAACCGGACCGGUAUAUACAGCUCAAAGAUCAAGGUCUCACAGAUCAAAGAAGCUUUACUUGACCCGCAGAUCUGGAUUUUGUUUGUUUUUGUCCUCUGCAAUGAAGGCAUCAACGGAGGUUUCGCCAAUUUCGGCAAGUUGAUUGUCAAGGGUAUCGCUCACGGUGAUGCGCUCAAGACGACAGCAUACGGCAUUCCUUCGGGAGCAUUCCAAGUAUUCUUCGUCUUUACUGGACCGUUCAUCGCGUCCAAGUUCAAGAACAUCCGCACAUAUAUCAUGGCGCUGUACCUCCUGCCAACCAUCAUCGGAACAACUCUUGUAUGGAAGCUGCCAAGAUCGAACUCGAAUGGCCUGCUGGUGUCCUACUACCUGAUUGGCUCUUUUGUUUCGUCUCUCGUUCUGGCACUCCAAAUGCCGGCCAACAAUGUCGCAGGUUACACAAAGAGGACGACUUCUACAGCAGUAGUAUUCUUAGCCUACUGUAUAGGAAAUAUAUGCGGCCCUCAUGCGUUCCUGGCUGCGGAGGCUCCGGUAUAUGAGACCGGAUGCAAGUUCAUCAUCGCAUGCGCGGCCAUCCAGAUAGUACUCGUGUUUGCAUUGCGAGCACUAUUGAUCCGACGCAACAAGAAGAGAGAUGCAGAAUUUGGACUGGUAUCUGACAUGGAUACAAGCGAGGAGAUGAUUGAGGACUUGACAGAUUUCGAAAAUCCCCGAUUCAGAUAUGCGUACUGA